GUCAGAUUCAUCUCCCCUUACACUGUACAGCAAAUCCCUUUGUUCUAUAAAAAUUAUGUAAGAAACACUGAGACGCAACCCAUAAAAGGCGGGGCAGUAGCCUCCGUGUCGAUUCAUGCCAGUGUCUCGUCAACGAGCACCUCUUUCAGAAUUUCAGUUGUUUCGUCCACCGCCUGUUCCCACAGGAGAUAGCUAGUUUCAACACUUCGAAAUUCGAAUGCCUUAGGGCUGCCUUUUUUACAGAAAGGCAUCUUGAGUCUCGUUAUUGAGGAGUCAAUUUCGCUAGCAAAUGACGGAGAAGAAGCUGAUCUUCGCCAUUGAAGGCACGGCCGCCAUGGGUCCCUUCUGGCCAACAAUUAUGUCCGACUACAUCGAGAAGAUCAUCAGGGCUUUUUGUGGUAAUGAAUUGGCAGGGCAGAAGCCAUCUACUUCUAAUGUGGAUCUCGCUCUAGUGGCAUUUAAAGCACAUGGGUCAUAUAGUGCUUGCCUAGUACAGAGGAGUGGCUGGACCAGAGAUGUUGAUAAUUUCUUGCAGUGGUUAUCUUCUUUGCCAUUUUCUGGUGGAGGUUUCAAUGAUGCUGCUAUUGCAGAAGGACUUGGUGAAGCUUUAAUGAUGUUUUCUCCUUUAAGUGGAAGUCAAACACAACAAACUGUGGAUGUUCAAAGGCACUGCGUUCUGGUUGCUGCCAGUAAUCCUUAUCCCUUGCCCACACCCGUUUAUCGACCCCCACUGCAGAAAUUGGAACAGGGUGAAAACAUUGAGGCUCAAACAGAAACUCGUUUAUCAGAUGCUGAGACAGUUGCAAAAUCAUUUAGUCAGUGUUCUGUUUCUCUUUCAGUCAUUUGUCCCAAGCAACUUCCAAAACUCAAAGCAGUCUAUAAUGCGGCAAAACAGAAUCCUCGGGCAGCAGAUCCACCUGUUGAUAAUGUUAAAAAUCCUCUCGUUCUAAUCUCAGAGAAUUUCAUGGAGGCUCGUGCUGCUCUGAGUCGCCUGGGAAUGACCAAUUUAUCAUCCAGUCAGAGUCCAGUUAAGAUGGAUAUAACUUCAGCUCCUCAAGUUUCGGGGCCUCCAACUUCUGUUCCACCAGUGAAUGUUUCUAUUAUGAACCGGCAACCAAUAUCGUCUGCAAACAUUCCCCCUGCCACUGUGAAAGUUGAGCCAACCACUGUCAGUUCCAUAGUAUCUGCUCCUUUUCCUCACAUUCCAUCUGCUCCACGGGCUGCUUCUCAAGGAGUUCCAACCUUGCAAACAUCUUCACCCAUAUCUGCUUCUCAGGAUAUGAUCUCUAGUAAUGACAACAUGCAAGAUUUAAAGCCUACAGUCAGUAGUAUAGCCCAGUCCUUACGUACUGUGGGCCCUGCAGCUGCAAAUGUGAGUAUUCUGAAUAAUCUCUCUCAGGCACGAGUGAUGAACAAUGCAGCCUUAACAGGGGGAACUUCUAUUGGACUUCAAUCAAUGGGAGGAAACCCCACUGCCAUGCAUAUGUCAAACAUGAUAUCAAGUGGAAUGGCGUCUUCUAUUCCUGCUGCACAAACUGUAUUAUCAUCUGGGCAAUCAGCUAUCACAUCAGUUCCUGGGUCUGGGACACUCACAGGAACUGCACAGGUUGCACAAAACUCAGCUCCCGGUUCAUUCGCUUCUGCUACUUCUAAUCUAUCUGGAACUUCAAACCUUGGCAUGUCACCGCCAUUGGGUAAUCUUCAAGGAGGUGUUAGUAUGGGUCAAUCAGUACCAGGCAUGAGCCAAGGAAAUCUUCAAGGAGCUCCAUUGGUACAGAAUGGAAUUAGCAUGAAUCAGAACAUGAUGAAUGGUCUUGGUCCAUCUGGCAUGUCAACUGGAACUGGCACAAUGAUUCCUACUCCAGGAAUGACUCAACAAGUACAACCAGGAAUGCAGUCUCUUGCUGUGAAUAACAAUUCAGCUGAUAAUAUGCCAAUGUCCCAACAGACAUCGAGUGGGUUGCAAUCAGCACGGCCGAGUUAUGUAAAAGUUUGGGAGGGUAACUUAUCUGGGCAGAGACAAGGCCAGCCUGUGUUUAUCACAAGAUUGGAAGGUUACAGGAGUGCGAAAGCUUCUGAAACGCUUGCAGCAAAUUGGCCACCAACAAUGCAAAUAGUUAGACUCAUAUCUCAGGACCACAUGAACAACAAGCAAUAUGUUGGGAAGGCAGAUUUUCUAGUUUUCCGUGCACUGAACUCGCAUGGAUUUCUUGGACAGCUACAAGAAAAAAAGCUUUGUGCAGUAAUCCAAUUACCAUCACAGACAUUGCUGUUAUCCGUCUCUGACAAAGCCUGCCGCUUGAUUGGAAUGCUUUUCCCGGGGGAUAUGGUUGUGUUCAAGCCACAGAUACCCAGCCAGCAGCAACAGCAGCAGCAGCAUCAGCAACUGCAAGCCCAGCAGCAACAGCAGCAGCAGCAGCAUCAGCAACUGCAAGCCCAGCAGCAUCAGCAGCUACAACAGCAAGCACUUCCCCAGAUGCAGCAACAGCAAGGGAUCCCGCAAAUGCAGCAGCAGCAACAGAUUCCGCAGCAGCAGCAACAGCUGCCACAAAUGCAGCAGCAGCAGCAAAUGGUGGGGGCUGGAAUGGGGCAAGCUUAUGUUCAGGCUCCGAAUCGCUCACAGUUGGUAGGUCAGGGGCAAGUGUCUUCACAAGGCCCCCCCAACAUCCCUGGAGGAGGAUUUCUGUCUUAACAGCUUUCUGUAGAAAAACUCCAUCCGUGUGUAGGAUUUUUUUUUCUUUUUCGUUUUGCUGGAUAAAAAAGAAAGCCUGAGUGACUAGGGACACUUGGUACUGGCUUUUGAGUUAACCUGUCACUUUAGUUCAAUAUUGACAACUGUUGUUUAACUCAUAUUCUUGAGAAUGCUGAAAAAUUUGCAAAGUUCUUGAUUUCGAGAUUUUGAAAGUGGGUUUACUUA